CCCCGUCGCGCCAUAGUGACUGUAGCCGUGGAGACAGUUACUUACCAACGGGCGCAACACUCAGCAACAGCAGCAGCAGCAUCUGGAAGUCACCGAGCGAGUGGGAGAGAGGGGAAAGAGAGCAGAGCCAGGGCAGAACUUUUCUCAAGGCAAAGCAUGCAGAGCUCCGAGGGAGGGUCAGACACCACGACCAGCGUGGCAGCGCUGCGGACAUCAUCUUCAGCUCAGGCCCCCGUGGUACAGCCUGUCCCAGCCUCCCAGCAGAGGGUGCUGGUUCAAGCUACAGGCUCAGCUCAGAAGGGAGGACAAGUACAGCAGCUUUCAGUACCCAGGGUUCAACAGGUCCCUCAGCAGGUGCAGCAGGUUCAGCAUGUCUACCCGUCCCAGGUCCAAUAUGUAGGAGAAAGUGGAGAGACUGUUUACACUAAUGGAACUAUCCGAACAGCCUACUCCUACAACCCCGAGGCUCAGUUGUAUGGGCAGAGCAGUGGGGGAACCUACUUUGACUCGCAGGCCAGUGGAGCUCAUGUCACCACGGUGGUCUCCUCUGCCAGUGGUGGGGUGCCCCCUCAUGGCAUGGUGGGCAUCGCUAUGGACGUGGGCAGCAGCCACAUCAUCUCCAGCGGAAGCACCUACCUGAUUCAUGGAGGCAGUAUGGAAGGAAGCCGCAACCACAUAUCGCACUCAUCACGCUCCUCCUCAGCUAUGCUUGAAAUGGCGAUUGAAAACCUCCAAAAGUCUGAAGGAAUUGCAAGUCACAAAAGCAGCCUGCUCAACAGCCAUCUGCAGUGGCUGCUGGACAACUAUGAGACAGCGGAGGGAGUGAGCCUGCCCCGGUGCUCUCUGUAUAACCAUUACUUACGGCACUGUCAGGAACAAAAGCUGGAUCCGGUCAACGCAGCCUCCUUCGGCAAGCUCAUCCGCUCUGUUUUCAUGGGCCUGAGGACCCGCCGCCUCGGCACCAGAGGCAACUCUAAGUAUCAUUACUAUGGCAUCCGGGUGAAGCCAGACUCACCGCUGAACCGGCUGCAGGAAGAUACCCAGUACAUGGCCAUGAGGCAGCAGCCUGUCCACCAGAAACAGAGGUUCAAACCUCUUCAGAAGGUGGACGGUAUGUCUGACAGCCUGUGUGGGAGCUCUCAGCACUGUAACAGCACUCCAGAGCAGUCCGUGGCUGCUCAGAGUCAACACCACCAGCAGUACAUAGAUACGUCCCACACCUUGCCUCAAUUUCCCAACCCUGACUUGGGCACCCAGCCUCUGCCUGAGCGUAUCAACAUGAAUGAUAUCAAGAAGCUGCAGACACUCUACAGAGACCACUGCGAGGCUACUUUGGAUGUGGUGAUGAACCUCCAGUUCCACUACAUUGAGAAACUCUGGCAGACUUUUUGGUAUUCAACACCGCCAUCUAGUGAUGGAAAUACCACCAUUCCCAACAGUGAUGAUGAUCUGGAGGGUGUGAUCCCCAGAGAGAAGCUGGUGGCUCUGUGUAAAUACGAACCAGUCAGACUAUGGAUGAGGAGCUGUGACCACAUCCUGUACCAGGCUCUGGUAGAGAUCCUUAUCCCUGAUGUGCUGCGUCCUGUUCCCAGCACUCUCACUCAGGCCAUCCGUAACUUUGCCAAGAGUCUGGAGGGCUGGCUGACUAACGCCAUGACCAGUUUUCCUCAAGAGAUUAUUCGCACCAAGGUGGCGGUGGUCAGUGCGUUUGCCCAGACACUGAGACGUUACACCAGUCUGAACCACCUGGCCCAGGCGGCCCGUGCCGUCCUCCAGAACACCUCCCAGAUCAACCAGAUGCUCUCUGACCUCAACCGGGUGGACUUUGCAAACGUCCAGGAGCAGGCAUCAUGGGUGUGUCAGUGUGAUGAGAGUGUGGUUCAGCGUCUGGAGCAGGACUUUAAGGUCACCCUGCAACAGCAGAGCUCUCUGGACCAGUGGGCUACCUGGCUCGACAAUGUGGUCUCUCAGGUCCUGAAGCCUCACCAGGGCAGCCCCAGCUUCCCCAAAGCUGCACGCCAGUUCCUGCUCAAAUGGUCCUUCUACAGCUCCAUGGUGAUCAGAGACCUGACCCUGCGCAGUGCAGCUAGUUUUGGCUCUUUUCACCUGAUUCGCCUGCUCUAUGAUGAGUACAUGUUUUACCUGGUGGAACACCGUGUGGCGCAGGCCACCGGAGAAACUCCUAUUGCUGUCAUGGGAGAGUUCAGUGACCUGACUUCUAUGAUGCCUUCACUCAUGGAAAAAGAUGCAUCCUUCUCUGAUGAGAUGAGUGACCUGGGCAGUGAUGCUGACGCAUCCAGAGGGCCUACUGAACCUGCAGUGAAAAGAGAGAGGAUUGAAAUGAGCCACCCACUGCAGGAGAUGUGAGUCUGGUCUGAAAGGGGCCGGAUUGAAAGCCACUACGACCAGCAUCUCUCCCUGAAAAGGUGACACUAAAGUGGCUUCGGGGCCCUUCGGGACGCAGCGGCUUUUUUGGGCCGAGCACACUGCGUCCUUCUGCAGUCAGUGUGUGCAAUGUACAUAGAGAAGAAAGUAGCAGUGUCAGUCCUCCCCUCACUAGCGUUUAUAAGGACAGUGAUUUUUCUUUCAGGAAGCUCACAUCUGUUUUUGUUUUGUUUUGUUUUUUUUACUCACAGGGGUGUAACACAGGUCUGAUUUUCUUUCCGUUUUUGUUGCAACUGUGAAUGACUUUGUGCAGUACCUUUUUAUUGGAUGUGUAACCUUGAGUGGUGGUAUGUGGUGUUUGUGAGUCUUCUCUUUUUUUUUUUUUCUUUUUUUUCUUAACUAGCUGUGCCAUAGUGUCAUUUGAGUGCCUUAGAUCACUAACUUUAAAACCACCACUACAGAUGUCAAUCUGUCCCUCAGCUGUGCCUCUACCGCAGUAUGAAUGUAUCGUCUCCAAACCUCAGACAUUCAAAGCACCUUUAACAUUGAUUAGGUGUAGGUGUGUAUACUCCUUGUUGCCUCUGCUGCAGCUCGCAGCAAACACACACAACAAAGAAAAUAAAAAUAAAAACAACAUGCAACCUACUGACCCAAAGGACCUUUCCCUCAGUCAUUCCCACCAGCUUAGCCACAGUCAUGGCUCCGUAGGGCCUCAUAGUCUCGCAGUAGUCAGGAAGGCAGGGAACUUAGUAUGUUACCUUGGCUGUGUAAGAUGUUGGUUUGUUUACCUCAAUAGAUUUCUAUGCUGUUCGGCUCAGAUGACAUGAGGCAAGUAUUAAAAAACAAAUGUAGCCACUGUUGCAGUCUGUGUCUCUCAAUCCUGUUUCAUUUCAUGUAAAUAGUUGUCCACAAAUGGUUUAAAUCCUGUGACAGCUCCUCCGUGUGCUGCACGGAUCCACAGAGUAAGUCCUGAUGCAAUGACUCAUAUGUGCAGACCUGUGGGGGUUCACUCAACUGCCACAGAGUUGGGAAUAAAAAAUAAUCGACUUAAUGGAUAUAGGAUAUUACAACCUAAACUGGAAUCUGGUCUGUCUCAUUGAGCCUCAUUUUGUGAUUAAAAAAAAAGUGGUUAUACAUUUCAUCUUCGGAAGAUAAAUCAAUAUAUGUUAGAGCGUUGGACCUGUAAAACCAAAACUCUUAGACAGAAAGAGGAUCUCGUUGGCAUCUGAGCCGGCACACGCUCCCCGACUUCAGAUACUUUGACCUCAUGCUGUUACUCAGAUUAAAGUCUUAUGUUCUGUUUGAAUUAGAUAGAAAUAUACAGUGUGUUAUUUGGGGAGUUUGUCCAUAAUAAAUUAUAUAUAUAAAUAUAUAUAUAAAUAUAUAUCUUUGUAUGAUGUAGAAAGUGUGUGCUCUGUGGCCUUCAGUCUUUGCCUAAUCUCUCUCCUCACACUGUACUUGGUUGGUCACGUUGUAUCAGAAGAAAAUGCUUUGAUGUGUAAUUGAUUAGACUGGCGUGUGUGAUAAAUUUGUUUUCAAUCUCAAUUGUUCAAUGUGUAAAAUUCAAUUAUUACUGUGGCGUUACUGCACCCGAGUACGCUAUUAAACUGUCACAAGAGAAAUUCCUAUUUAUAUGAACUAUUCUGAUUUGAUUGACAUCAGCUUUGUGUUGAAAAUUGGUUUGGUUGAUUUAUUUUUCCCCUCAGAUGAUUUUGUUGUAGCAAUGAGAAUCCUUGAGCUUGAGUUAUUUAAGGCUUUUUGUAACUUGUGCCUGUCACAGUAAUUUGCCUUCAAGUGCUUUGGAGAAAAAAAAAGUAAUUUCUGUGUGUACUUUGUAAUGUUUUGUAAGGCUGUUUUAGAUUUUUGGCGGAGGAUUAUUUUUUAUUGAACUAGAUUUGGUUCUUCUUACAAGUAUACUGAACCCUUAUUUUUGUGCAUUUUUAAACCUGUUCUUGACUACACUUUAACUAUCCUAAGGACAGAUGAUGGUCUGUAAUAAACUGCAUAGUUCAGCUGUAUUUUGUACUUGGUCACAAUGUGUAAUAAAUUGGUGUACACCAAAA